AUGUUUGGUUUUGACUGCUACUGUGAUGACUUAAAGACCAACAAAACCAAAGAACACUUUGCACAAGAGGUUACUCAAAAAAUUCAGAAGUUGGAAUUGGCCAUAUGGAAAUCGAGUUUUACUUCGCCAGGAAAACAUGAAGAUCUUGCUUUGGGUAUAGAUUAUGAAACCAAGAGGUGCAAUGCGACAAGCAAAAGAACAGUGCUGGAAGCUGGAAAUAACACAAUGGAUAUUGACUGUAACCAUUAUUUCAAAGAAACCACAGAAGGUCAGAGUGCUGUUGCAUUUAUCAAUUACCGAACUCUUGGAAAUUUUCUCAACGGAUCCUUCUUUCAUGACAGGAAAAGAUUACAGGAAGUUAAAAUAAACUCUCACAUUGUGAGUGGCACUUUUGGUUCAAAGAAAACUGUUUAUUUGACCACACCUGUGUUCCUAUCCUUUAAACACACUCAGCCUGCUGGUGCGAGAGCAAAACAUUUCUGUGUCUACUGGGAUGGAUCGAAGGCAGGGGGCAGCUGGUCGACGGAGGGCUGCUCUUACGUGGAAAGCGAUGAUUCUUACACCAAAUGCCAAUGUUUCCAUCUCUCCAGCUUUGCUGUCCUCAUGGCUCACACACCCCAGGCAGACCUAAUGCUGACUAUUAUCACCCACGUGGGGCUGAGCCUCUCCCUGCUGUGCCUCCUCCUGGCGGCCCUCACCUUCCUGCUGUGCCGGCCCAUCCAGAACACCAGCACCUCGCUGCACCUGCAGCUCUCCAUCUGCCUCUUCCUGGCCCACCUGCUCUUCCUCACGGGGAUUGACAAAACUGAGAUCAAGGUGCUGUGCUCCAUCAUCGCAGGUGCCCUGCACUACCUCUACCUGGCCUCCUUCACCUGGAUGCUCCUGGAAGGGCUACACCUGUUCCUCACCGUCAGGAACCUCAAGGUGGCCAACUACACCAGUGCAGCGAGAUUCAAGAAGAGGUUCAUGUUCCCUUUUGGCUACGGGAUCCCAGCGAUCAUUGUGGCUGUGUCUGCAAGCACUGGAUACAAAAAUUAUGGAACAAGCAGCCAUUGCUGGCUGAAGUUUGAUAAAGGCUUUAUCUGGAGCUUCAUGGGGCCGGUGGCUGUUAUUAUCUUGAUAAAUUUGGUUUUCUAUAUCAUAAUUCUGUGGAUUUUGAAAAGUAAUCUUUCUUCCCUCAAUAAGGAAGUUUCCACCAUACAGAAUACAAGAGUGAUGACAUUUAAAGCCAUUGCUCAGCUGUUUAUUCUGGGAUGUUCUUGGGGCCUUGGCUAUUUUACAGUUGAAGCAAUGGGGAAGACAGCUGUAUUAGUCUUUGCCUACCUAUUCACCACCAUUAAUGUGCUGCAGGGGGUUGUACUCUUCGUGGUACACUGUCUCCUUAAUCGCCAGGUACGAAUGCAAUACAAGAAAUGGUUUAAUUGGAUAAUUCGGAAAGAUGUUGAAACAGAAAGCACUGAGAUGUCUCGUUCUACUACACACACCAAGAUGAGUGUCACUGUUUUAGAUGGUGAUGCGAAUAUUACAAUUUUGAUUGAUCCCCCCAGCUCUUAUCACUAUUUAAACGGAGCUUUGCAUGGACCCCAGAUCAACUGCUUUCAGUUUGCUUACCUUGAACAACUGACUUAA